AAUGUGCAUUUGUGGCUCAACUUGUGUGGUAACAACAUCUUAACACUCAAGUUAUUUCCUCUUUUCCCUAAUGUUCCCUCCAUAAGAAAGCUUUGGUCUAGUUUAGACAUCUCCAACCUCGCACCGAACUAUGGCAAACGCGUGUUUGGUUACCUAAUUACCCCUACAAGUGGAAAAUAUUCUUUUCGUUUGAAGUUCAGUGGGACAGCAGAGUUUUGGUUGAGUAUAAAUAACAAACUAAACAGCAGCCGAUGUCUUUUGUGUUCAGAGAAAGGAAACGAAGCCACAACAUCUAAAAUAUAUUUGGAAAAUUCUAAAUCCUAUUAUUUUGAAAUAYUCCACAAACAUGGAGGUUUUCAAUUGUUUGAUUAUUUAUCCUUACAGUGGAAGAUUGAUGAUUCUGAAUAUAAGGCCAUUUCUACUGAAUAUUUUAGAGGUUAUCAAGACGAUAAAGACAUAUCUGAAGCGGAUGUCGUAAAUGUUCAUAAUUUCCCUCAACCAAAACWUAAAAUGCAUGGGAAAAAUGAAUAUAUAAAAAGUGGGAGUUCUUCUCAGCGAAUAUCUAGAGAARAAAUCUACAAGUUACCAUUCAUUGCUCAAGACCUGAUUGAAGAUUUAUUCCCUAGAUGUAAAUAUAAACCUGAUUACUUAGUGACCUAUAAACUUAAAAGAUAUGGYUGUAAAUGGGAAAUAAUGUACCCUACAAUUUAUCCAAAGGAUAAUACUAAUGUGACAGACUCCCGUGGAAUGGUUAGAUUUGGGAACGAUGUCUUAGAAGAAGAUAAGGCUUUACAAAUUGUAAAGAUGGUCAUGAAACAGUUCAAAAACAGCAAAUUAAGGUAAAAACUUUAUUAUUGAUUACCUUCACCGCUCUGUGUUAUUUUGAGAUAGGGAACAAUUUGAUUAAUCUAUUAAAGAACGAAUUAUUUUAGCCAGCAAAUAUUUG